ACCAUAACAUUCACAAUAGCAGCACAGAAUAAUCACGCUGUAAUCACGGAGUAAUUUAAUAAUUUAUUUGAUCUUUUUUUUUCUUUAAAUUUUUAUAUUAUUACAACUAUUUUUAUAACCAUUAUUGGUAAUAUUGUAUAGUACCUACAAUAAUAAUAAUAAUAACAAUAAUAAUAAUAUCGAUUAAAUUUAUCACGAUUAAAUUUACACCCUCUUUUCAUGGCAACAUAAAAAUAUUAUUGAAAAUUCUUUAAAUGGUAAAAUUUUAUAACCAUACAACGAUCAUAGUAUACAAUAUUACAACAUUCAAAAAAGCUUCCACCACAUACUAAACCAUUAAAAACAUAUUGUACCUAACUACCUACCUGUUUAAUUUAAAACAAAAUUAAUAGUAUAUUGCGAACGAUCGGACAUCAAAGGAAAUAAUUUUAAACAUUAUUAUUAAAAUUGGAAAAUACCGGAAAAAAAAACAACAUUUAAUUUCUCUUUAUGCAGUGAAAAUAUUUAAAAAAACAAUAAUGAUAAAAUUUUUAUAAAUAAAUUAAAAACAGUCAAAGGCAGUCAUAUUUUUUUUAAAUAACAAAAAAAAAAAAAAAGAAUUUUUAUUUAUGAAAAAAUCAAAAUUAAAAUCAGAAAACAAAAUGAGUGUUUUAUUAAGAAAUGUUACAAAUAGUAUCUGUCAUGCAUUUAAUGGUCUACCACAGGAUCAAGAGGGAUCUGUUAAUAAAACGAAAUUAAAAGUAUUAACAGCAAAUAUUGCAACAGUUUUAGAUUUAUAUGGAUUAGAAAAAGGAUUAGAUCAUUUUAAAUCGACAGCUAGUUUAAAUUUUAAAAAUUUUCAUGAAUAUUUGGGAAAAGAAGUAUUCGGUUCUUUACCAUCCAGUUUAACAAUGAAAGAAUUAAGAAAUUAUGAAGAAAAAAUUGAUGAAAUUUGCUGGCUUAUAUGUAGAUCAAAGUUUACUUUAAAAAAACGUAGGAGUUUAUUGGACACCCAGAUAUAUAAAUUAUUUCGUAUAUUUUGCUUAUUAAGUGAUUUAAAUGUGAUAAAUAUGGAUGAUGAGAAUAGCAUUUGUGAGGUUUUGAUGCAUUCAUCAGAAGUAUACAUUGUAUUACAACAAGUUCUUAGCGCUCUCGGUCUUGAUACCGAAAUUCUUGAUGAUAAAAAAAUGCAGAGACUUAAUGAAACUGGAGCUUUUUUCAAUUUCGAUGAAUUUUUAGAAUUAAUUGAUACAAAAUACGAUCAUAGAGAUUUAAUUGAAUAUAAUGAAUCGCUAUUUGAAAUCAUUGAAGACAUUUAUCAAACUUAUAUUCGUGAUAUUAUAAAAAAAGGGUAUUUAUUACGUAAAGGAUAUCUUUUACCGACAUUUAAAGAAUAUUGGUUUAUUCUUCAACCUUAUGAAAUUUCAUAUUAUAAAAAUCAUUAUGAAAAAGAAUUAUGUGGAACAAUUACUUUAGAUCCAAAAUGUUUAGUAAAACCAUGUACAUCGAAUUCGAGUAAAAUUGAAAAAGUUUUAAAAUUUAUUUUAUCAUCUGGUGAUCAUAAUUUUGAAUUAGCAACACAUGACCAUAGAACACGAAUGCAAUGGAUAGCUGCACUUCAAUUGGCAAUUACAUAUUCAACGGGACGUGAAGGUUUUCAAAGGGAUUUAGUAACAAAACGUCGAUCUAAAAGGGAAACAGAAAUGAAAAAACGAAAAGAAGAAGAAUUACUACGUUCAAAUCAUGUUCAGGAAGUUCAAAAAGCUAAAAUUCAAUUAGAAAAAGAAAAAACAGCACGUCUUGCAGCUGAAGCACUAGCUAGAGAAGAUUCUCGUCGUGUUGCUGAACUUGAAGAUAUGAAACAAACAUUAGAGAAAUUACUUGAAGAGGAGAUACAAGCAAAACGUGAUGAAGAAAUUGUAAGAGCACUUCAGGCUAGAGUUUUGGCAGAAGAAUGGGAAAAACGUGAAGAAUUGGAAAGAUUACAGCAAGAACAAAAAGUUCUUUUAGAACAAGAACGCAGUAAACGAAUUGAAUUUGAAGAAAUGCAAAAGAAAAAAGAAAAUGAAUUAAGAACUGCAGAAAAUCGUUUACGGAAAUUAGAAGAAGAACGAAAAAAAUUAGAUUUGGAAUUAAAACAAGCACGUUAUAAAAUAAUGCGAUCUGAAGAAAAUAAAGAAGAUUUAGAAGCAAGAAUGGAUGCUAUGUUUCCAAUUUUAAAUGGGUUAAAUAAAAACGGUGGUAUUAGAAGAACACAUUCUUUUGUAGAUACAUUAAUAGAUUCACGUGAACGUCCUACAAAACUGGAAGAAAUAAGAGCAGCAACACUUAGGAGUAGAAAAAUCAAACAUAGUUCAUAAAAAAAU